AAAUGUAAGCAGUAUGAUGUAACAGUCGUAAUUUGUUUAGCCUCAAUAAAACACUUAGUGUGUUUAUCUGUUUCGGAAGUCAUUCCAUAUUUUGUCAUACCCAUAGUCGCGUCCUUGAGCACGUGUUGAUGUUUUGCUUGAAGAAAUACUCUGUGACAGAACCAUGACGAAAAUACGAAAACAGAGCAGAAAUAAGACAUACAACUAUACCAAAGACCGGAAAAGAAGUUGGAAAAACAAAAACAAACUACAAAAAAUAACAUGUGAGACUGUAAGUGAAGCUUGGGAUGAGAAGAAGUCUGUAGCACAGAACAUGCAGGACAUGGGGCUGUCAGCGGACUCCAACCAAACCAUAAGGAUCCCCAAAACUAAGGAAUUUCUGACAAAGUCUGCUGAAGUUGUCAUGGCAAUCAAAUCCAAAAAGAAGAAAGCUGUCAAGCAUCAUGUUGUUGAUGCCCUUGAGAAGCAGGCCAAUAUUCCCCAGGAGGCGAGACUAAGACUGUCAGACUUGGAGGUCAGAUACUGUGCACACAUGAUGGAGAAACACGGCGAGGACUAUAAGGCAAUGGCACGGGACCCAAAGAACUAUUACCAGGACACACCUAAACAGAUAAAAAAGAAAAUCAACCGAUUUAAGAACAUUCCUGAGCAGUAUGAGGCCUACCUUCGCUCAAAAGUGUAUCUGUCCCCGCUCCCUGGCACCGGCGUCGUGGCUGAAGUGAGGAUGGUCGCCGGGCGCCGCAUCACACGGGGCUAUGAGGCUGGGAGGAGGAACGGACACUACAACACCACCCCUCCCCGCACCGACAGCAACAACAGCACUGGGUCGAUGGAGAGGGUCAUGUCACGUGUUAAACGGAAACUGAACUUCGGCAGGAAGCCGCCCAAAGAAAGGGACGUAACUCCUACAACCUCAAAUACAAGCAGGGCCAGUAAAAAGAAAUCAAAGACCGGCUCAAGGGUCCGGAAUGUGAAAAAGUCAGUUCGAAGAACCGGAAACACAGUCUGUCGUGAACUGCGCAAUCUCCUGAACUCUGCUGCGACUGUUAUACUUCCUGUGCGCCUCCGUUCUGAUAUGCGCCGCUUGGGCAGAACCGGAAGUACUAGUGGGGGAAGGAUGGGGUCAGGUAGAGCAGGGUACCCGCUCAAGUCAUCACCGGAAGUGACACACUUACCCAAGAGACGCAGCACACACAAGACGUUGCGCCGAUCCAAGGAGGUUGUAACGGGUGACACUAUUGUGAGAUAAGGCGACUCUUUUAUGUUGAAUACCACUGUUAUGAUCUGUUUUAUCUCUUCGUCAUGUGUGUCACGUGUGUGUCGAAGAAUUGUUACAAAAGCUGUACUCAAAUACUUUAGUUAGACACUUGUGUAAAUAACCUGCAGAUUUGUAAUGUACAUUGCAUAACUGUAUUUACCUCCCUUCUUUUCCAGCUGUCACAGCUGUGGUUGUUUCAUGCAAUGGUCGCGUCGUUAGUUGUUUUAGAUGUUGUAUAUAUCGUGCAUCCAUUCUGUUUGCUUGUUACUUGUUAUCUUCGUUUUCUUAGCAGUUGAAAAUAUAGUGCUUCUAUUUUGUUUAUCUUGUCCAUGUUGUUAUAAAUAUGAUACGCAAGCGUAUUUUGGACCAGUCCAUGAUUACAUAUUACUGACAUAUAAUAUGCAAAACAUUACUUGUUAUCUUUGUUUUCUUAGCAGUUGAAAAUAUAGUGCAUCUAUUUUGUUGAUCUUGUCCAUGUUGUCAUGAUUAUGAUACGCAAGCGUAUUUGUGACCAGUCCUUGAUUACAUGAUUACUGAUAUAUUAUAUCCUGGGGAUAUUUUUGUGACGUUGUGGGCUCUGUCUUCACUACAAACAAUUAAAAGAUGGUACUUGUUGUUCCCCUGUCUGGCGCUCGGCAUUAAGGGGCUAAAACAGGGACUGGUCGGCUCGGAGUCAGUAUACUGUGUCUGAGUGGGGUAUUGAUGUUAAACUGCG